CUGUCACGUUCUUGCUUAGUAGCCUGAAUUUAUUUCGAAAGAAAAUAUUGUGAUUUUUUUCGUCAUUUUAUUGCAAUGGAACCACCAAUUAAACGCAGCAAAUCAGAUAAAUCAAACGAACCUUCCCUAAAUCAAAAAUCGUUAAGCGAUCUUCGGAAAUCGAACACCUUUUGUGAUGCAUUGAUUGUACUCGAAGAUGGUGGAUGCAUUCCCGUGCAUCGAGUAAUACUUUGCACAGCCAGUGGCUAUUUUUACAAUUUGUUCAUGUCAUCACCAAUCGACAAACCGUUCGAUAAGCCGGGUUACCUCGUCAAAUGUGUUACAACGGCAACAAUGGAAUGUAUAGUUGAGUUUGUGUAUGCAGAGAACUGUGAUGUGAAUGAAACCAAUUUGACGGAAUUGUUAUCAUUAGCUGAACGUUUUUGCCUGUACUCAUUAACUGACCGUUGUUUAACAUUCUUACAAAGUUCUCUCAAUGGGACCUUGACCAACUGCAUUUCGUUGAUGAGCACAGCGAAAUUUCUAUCAAGACGCGACAUUCAGACAAACAUUCACGUAUACAUCCUAAGCAAUUUCCUAGAAAUUGCUGCCACAAAUGAAGAUCUAUUGACUCUGUCAUGUGAAGACAUUACAAAUAUCAUUCGGGAUGAUGCGCUCAAUACUAAAACUGAAGAGCCAGUCUGGGAGUUUUGCCAACGAUGGAUUGAAUAUGAUGAAAUGAAUCGUCUACAAAGUGUUCCAUUGUUGCUCAGUGGUAUUCGGCUGGGACUGUUAACUCAGAAAUAUUUUGAAGAGCGAGUUCUCCACAACAAAUACGUGCGGUUGAAUCCCGAAGCUACGGCAUUUAUUGAACAGGCCUACAAACUUGUAUCCGAUUCCAAUGAAAUGGAAGAGCUAAAUGAAUCUGAUAUAUCUCUUCUUGUACCCCGUUUGCCUCAAGAAAUUUUAUUCGUCAUUGGGGGAUGGAAAGCUGGUUCAGCAACAACAUUAUUUCAAACAUUUGACAUCCGGGCUGAUCGUUGGUCAGAAUAUGAUGAGUUCAGCAUUCCGGAUGGUCCACGCUCAUAUCAUGGUGCGGCUGUCCUUGGCAAUAAAAUCUACUGUAUCGGCGGUUUGAACAGAUCCUAUGAGUUUAAUAACAAGUGCAGUGUAUUUGAUGUUGUUGCAAAAACAUGGACAGAAAUCGGUCCAAUGCAUUGCAAACGAUGUUAUGUCAGUGUUUGCGUCUUGGACGGAAAAAUCUAUGCAAUGGGUGGAAAUAGUGGAGACGAUCGUCAUAGAUCAACGGAAGUUUAUUGCCCAAAAACCAAUCAAUGGACCUUAUUAGCAGAUAUGACGGAUAAACGAUCGGAUGCUGAUGCGGUUCAGAUUGGUGGCAAAAUUUACAUUCUUGGCGGUUACGAUGGCAACAAAAGUCUGCAAAGCUGUGAGGUAUAUGAUGUUGCUGAAAAUAAAUGGACCUAUAUCCCCGACAUGCUCAGUCAACGAAGUGGAUUGAAGUGUGUGGUGUACAGAAAUCAAAUAUACGCGAUCGGUGGUUGGAACGGUGUCAGUCGAGUGACUACGUGUGAGUCAUUUGAUCCAGAUUUAAAUUGCUGGUCACCUGUUCCCGAAAUGAAUUCACCAAGAAGUAAUUUUGGCGCUGAGAUUAUGGAUGAUGCAAUUCUCGUAUUCGGUGGUUAUGAUGGCUGUUCAAUCGUCGAUAAAGUGGAAUAUUUUAGAGCAGAAGAAAAUAAAUGGAAUACAGCAACAAGUAUGGCUCAUUGUGUAUCAGGAUUCGCCUUUGCUAAAGUUGCAAAUUUUUCGAAUUUAGAACAGUUCGUUUGUGAAAAAGCACGUCGCGUCAACAAAAACGUAUUGAAGUACUAAAAUUAUUGAUCAAAGAAAACGAUUGAGUGCACAAGAAGUUGUACCGGAAAACCCAUUUGCAAAUUUGAACCGUACGAAAUUUCAAAUACAAAAUUUAUGACUUUAGUUU